AUGCACAAGGAAGAGGCAGUGUUUGAUAUUUGUGAAGAUAAUGUGAGCACACCAACCAGUCCUAAAGCUAUUCAGCUUAUUGAAACGUCACCCUCAUCAACAGAAGAAGUAAAACAAUCCAUACCAGUAAAAACAGCCGCGCAAUCAAAUGAACCAGAGGAAGUUUUAAAAGAUCCAAAUGGACCUACUUUACACUUUUAUGAUCAUUUUCUGAUCUUUAAGUGUUUUGGAUUUUGGACAUGGAUAUUCAUUAUUUUGGGAAUCUUGGGCUCUAUGGGUAAUGGUGUUGUGGCGUUAAUAUUUCAAUUCAUAUUCGGUGAUUUGAUCAAUAUUUUCCAACCUGUGAAUGGAGUUAUGCCAUCAGCUACAAUAAUGAGAAAUGCCAUCUCAGAUGUUUGUCUCAAAUUUACAGGAGUUGCUAUUGGAAGUAUGGCUUCCAGUUUCGUAUCUCAAUUUUUCAAUGGGUGGGCCAGUGAAAGAAUUGGAAUCUCUCUCAGACAGGCUUAUUUCAAUGAAUUAACAAGACAAGAGGUUGCAUUCUUUGAUAUUAAGAAAACAGGUGCCCUGACAAUUGCACUCAGUGAAGAUGUUGGAAAGAUCCAAGAAGCUUGGACCAGAAAAAUUUCUGGUGUCAUGCAACACACUAGUACCAUUCUCAUUGGGUUGAUUCUGGCCUUUGUCAGUAGUUGGCAAAUGACUCUCGUUACCAUUUCAACCACUCCACUCAUGAUUUUGAUUGGUGUGGUUAUGGGAAAAUUGACAGAAAAGAUUAGUUUUAAAUCAGGUGAAACUAUCGCAAAGAGUGCCUCAAAGGCAACCGAAGUUGUCUCCUCAUUCAAAACAGUUAAAAGUAUGGGGUGCGAAGAAAAGGAACAAGCUCAAUUCGCUAACAUUUUGAAAAAGCUUCAUUUGUAUGGCAUAUUAAAAGCUGGCGCACAAGGUGCUAGUUUGGGGUCUGAAAGCUUCAUCAUUUGGGGUACCUGUUCAUUGGCCUUUUGGUAUGCAGGUAACCUGGUUGUAGAUGGAACUAUUGUCAUUGGAGAUUUGGUAAAAGUUUUUGGUUUGUUAAUUUUCAGUGUAUUUUCAAUGGCAUUUGUUUUUGAAAUGUUACCUGACAUUUUCAAGGCCUUGAGCUGUCACAGAGCUCUACUUAUGGUUAUGAAAAGAAAACCAGCCAUUCCAUUUAAGGGUGGAAAGAGUUUGAGCGAUAAUGUAGGAUUGGUUGAAUUUAAAAAUGUCAAAUUUUCAUAUCCAUCUCGUCCAAAUGUUACUAUUCUUCAAGAUUUUACACUUAAUGUAAAGACAGGUCAAUCAAUUGCUAUGGUUGGUCCGUCAGGAUCAGGAAAAUCGACCAUUGUUGGCUUGUUAGAAAGAUUCUAUGAUCCAGAAGAAGGAGUUGUUUCAAUUGACGGUGUAGAUAUUAAGGAAAUUGAUCCAAAGUGGUUGCACAAAAAUGUUGGUAUUGUUACACAAGAACCAGUAUUGUUCGCUUGUACCAUUAAGGAAAAUAUUGCUUAUGCAGUUGGUUUGGAAAAUGUAACUGAUAAAGAUAUUGAACAAGCUGCCAAAGCUGCCAAUUGUCAUAAUUUCAUUUUGGAUCUUCCUAAUGGAUACAAUACAUUACUCGGUGAAAAAGGUGUUUCUCUUUCAGGUGGCCAAAAGCAACGUGUUGCCAUUGCAAGAGCUCUCUUACAAAAUCCUAAAAUUUUGCUUUUGGACGAAGCAACUUCAGCUCUCGACACUGAAUCUGAAGCUCUUGUUCAAGCUGCUUUGGAAAUGUUAAUGAAAGGAAGAACCUCCAUCUCCAUAGCUCACAGACUUUCAACAGUUCAAAAUUGUGAUGUCAUUUACGUUCUCGUUAAAGGAGACAUCAAAGAAUCAGGCACUCACAAGGAAUUGAUUGGCAUUGAGAAUGGUAUUUACAGAAAAUUAGCAGAAAAACAAAUGGGAAUUGAUCAAUCUUACGAAUCAUCCAAUGAAAAUGUUGGUGAUACUUCUUCUCCAAGUGAUUUAAAUCAACAAUAA